AUGGCGGAGGGGAAGACUGCCGAGGAGAGCCGGGGGAUGGAGGGAGCUUCUCGGGGUGUCCAGAUGAGGAAGGGCGGUCUCCGGACAAUGCCCUUCAUCUUCGGUACUCCUUCUUCUUCUUCUUCUUCUUCUUCUGCUUCUUCUUCUUCUGCAACUGAAACAUUGCGGUGGUGCAGCGAACGAGAUAGCGGAGAAGCUGGCGGUGGUGGGCUUCUCAGCGAACAUGAUCAGUUACCUAACUCAAGAGCUCCACAUGCCGCUGGUCAAGGCCGCCACCACGCUCACGAACUUCGGCGGCACCGCUAGCCUCACGCCGCUUCUGGGGGCCUUCCUCGCCGACGCCUACCUAGGUCGCUUCUGGACCAUCACCGGCGCCUCCGUCAUCUACCAGCUGGUACACCGGCCCUCCAUCCACCCGUUGCGGCGGCGAUACCUCUCCGGCGAAGCCCAUGAGACUGAGAUUAUCAGCUGGCUCUUCUCUUCCUCAUGGCUGACUACUCCCUCCUCGUCGCAGGGCAUGGUGUUGCUGACCCUGUCGGCGGCACUGCCGCAGCUCCACCCCCCGCCGUGCGCCGGGAACGAACCCUGCAAGGAAGCCUCCGGCGGGCAGCUGGCCGUCCUGUAUGCGUCCCUCCUCCUGAACUCCCUCGGCGCCGGCGGGAUACGCCCCUGCGUGGUGGCCUUCGGCGCCGACCAGUUCGACGAAGCCGAUCGGAAGCAGAAGACGAGGACGUGGAACUUCUUCAACUGGUACUACUUCUGCAUGGGGCUCUCCAUCCUUGUCGCCGUCACCGCCGUGGUCUACGUGCAGGACAAUGUCAGCUGGGCUUGGGGCCUCGCCAUCCCCACCUUUGCCAUGGCCGCCUCCCUCGUCUCCUUCGUCGCCGGCUUCCCCCUGUACCGCCACCUUGACCCUGCCGGCAGCCCCUUCACCAGGCUGUUGCAGGUCGCUGUCGCCGCCGCAAGGAAGCGCCGUCUGCCGCCAGUCACCGACUCCACCCCGCUGUACGAUAACUCGGAGCUCGACGGCCCCAUCUCCCUCGACGGCAAGCUCAUCCACACCGGAAACCUAACGUGAGCUCCUCCGCCUCCGGCACUGUAGAACUCUCCCCCAGCUGUAAUUGAUGGGGAAGGAGACAAUCCUCGGAGGUUCUCUCCCCCCAUGUGCCCGGCCCAUCAUUGCCCCGUCCACAAGACAGCCGCAGAGUUAAUGAGUUCUGACAAGCUUCGGAGGAAAAUAAGGAGAAGCAUCGUCUAUUUCUCCAACGUACAGUGCAUAGCACCGGCGGAAAUGGGGGGAAACUUCGUCGGUUUCCGUCUUUUUUAGUUGACGUGGGGGUUCGUCGUGUGAGUUGCAGGUUCUUGGACAAGGCGGCGGUGGUGGCGGAGGGGGAGGAGGAGGAGAAGCCCAACCUGUGGAGGCUGAGCACGGUGCACCGGGUGGAGGAGCUGAAGUCGCUGAUGAGAAUGGGGCCCAUAUGGGCGGCGGGGAUCCUGCUGAUCACGGCGGCGGCACAGCAGGGGACCUUCUCCCUGCAGCAGGCCCGCACCAUGAACCGCCGCCUGUCGUCCUCCUCCUCGUUCCAGAUCCCUCCGGGUUCCAUGGCGGUCUUCACCAUCCUGUCGAUGCUCACCACCAUCGUCGUCUACGACCGCGCCCUCAUCCCCGCCGCGCGGCGAGCCACCGGGCUCCGGCGAGGAAUCUCCUACCUGACCCGCAUGGGCGUGGGCUUCGCCAUCUCCGUCCUCGCCACGCUCGUCGCCGGCUUCGUGGAGGUGAAGCGGAGGGACGUCGCCGCCACGCACGGCCUGCUCGACCAGCCCCGCGCCACCGUCCCCAUCUCCGUCUUCUGGCUCGUGCCGCAGUACGCGCUGCACGGCAUGGCGGAGGCCUUCUCAGCCAUCGGCCACCUCGAGUUCUUCUACGACCAGGCGCCGGAGAGCAUGCGGAGCACGGCGACGGCGCUCUUCUGGCUCGCCAUCGCCGCCGGUAACUACGCCAGCUCCUUCAUCGUCUCCCUCGUCCACCGCUAUAGAGCCCACUGGCUGCCGGAUAAUCUCAACAGGGGUCGGUUGGAGAAUCUCUACUGGAUCAUCACCUUUCUCCAGCUCCUGAACCUCGCUUAUUACGCCGCCUGCGCCCAUUACUACACCUUCAAGCCCCUGCAACAACGGCAGGCUGGGGACCCCCCGGAGGACUCCGUGGAGCUCCACACCAAGGUGUAG